GUCUUGCAUAUACCUGAUCUUCAUAACAAUCUCCUCUCAGUCCUGUAUUUAACACAAAACUGCGGCUUCUAUGUCGAUAUAUCCUUUUCUCACAUGACCUUCUGUCGACCUAAGGGCUCUCCUCUCUUCUACACCUCUAUCAACUCCAAUAACACUGCAUUUCUGGAUGGCACCACCUCUCCCAUGACCGAGUUUGCUUCCCCAGCAUCUACAUAUCCCAUGGACAUU